AUGGCGGGGGCGGCGGCGGCGGCGCUGAGGGCUCUCCGGUGCCUGGCAGCGACCUUCGGCCGGUGCUCGGCGCCGGCUGGGAGCGUCCCACCGCCCGCUUUACGUGCGCUGUGCCCGGCCUGGAGAAGCUCGCAGGUCCGGUCGCUGCAGCUCCGCUGCGUCCUGUGCGCCGGCCACAACAAGUGGUCGAAGGUGAAGCACGUAAAGGGGCCCAAAGAUGAGGCCAGAGGGAGGAUGUUCACGAAGUUUGGGAUGAUGAUAAAAAUAGCUGUCAAAGAAGGUGGACCCAACCCAGACAUGAAUUUAAACUUGGCUCACAUCGUGGAGCAGUGCAGAAGCAAGAACAUGCCCAAAGCCUCCAUAGAGGCUGCGAUCAAGAGUGCGGAAAAGGCCAAACCAACAUCUCAGCACCUGUUUGAAGCCCGGGGCCCUGGCGGGUGUUUGCUGCUGAUUGAAGUUCUCACUGACAGCAACGCCCGCAGCCUCCAGGAAAUCAAACGCCUGCUUGCUAAGAACGGAGGGAUGCUGUCAGAUGGAGCUCGCAACAACUUCAACAGGAGAGGGGUGGUGCUGGUCCCAGGUCAGAACAUCCCCAUGGAGCAGGCGCUGGAGCUGGCCUUAGAGGCCGGAGCUGAAGAUGUCCAGGAGACGGAGGAUGAGGACGAGCAGCCCCUCCUGCAGUUUAUCUGUGAUAUGACUGCGCUAAAAAAGGUGCGCAGUUCACUGGAGAAACUGGGGAUGCAGGUCUUGUCCGCUGGAUUGGAGUUUGUCCCCCGCACUCUCCUGCCUUUAGACCAGUACCAGCUGGAUGCUGCUUCGACAUUAAUAGAAUCCCUUAAUGACUAUCCAGAUGUAGUUAGAGUGUGGGACAACAUCCAGGCUGACGGCUGAGCGCGGUUUUGGCACGUGUGGUGAAAUGUCAAAGAUGUCUGACGAAGAUCUGUCUGUUUUUACAGACAAGAAGAAAGAAAGAAAUGCAAGUACUUUGUUCAACAGUGACUAAUGUUUGUGGCCUUUGCUCAAAAUGUCAAUUUACUGACCACACAUUAUUACUGUAAGUAAUAAAUAAAAAAUGCCUGUUUGUUAUUCUUAAAACUGAA